GUCAAUGUAUUGUCUACAUCACUGAGCACAUCACUGACCAUCUACAGGCAGUUGGCGCCAUGACUGUGACCUAUGACCCCAACUAUUGCUGGAGGCUUGUGGAAAGUAAAAACGUUAACAUUAUCUUUUUUCAUUACAAUGUGACUGGGAGGCUGGCUGGAAGAUCGAGCAAUGAAUCCAAUUAUAUUAAUAUGAUCUUCAUUUUUAUCAGUAUCCUGAUUGUACUGGAAAACAUCUCUGUACUUGUGGCACUACUGAGGUAUCUCCGUCUGAGGAGAUGGGUUUAUUGCUGUUUGGCCAACAUUGCAUUCAGUGACCUUUUAGCUGGCUUCUCCUACCUGGUCAAUAUAUGUCUUUCUGGCCCCAACACUUUCAUUCUAAGCCCAGAGCUCUGGUUCUUGAGGGAGGGCCUUGUCUUCACAACACUGGCUGCUUCCAUCUUCAGCCUACUGGUAACAGCAGUGGAGCGUUACUCCACCAUGGUGGUCAUAACUUCAGAACGACACUCAGUAAAGAGCAUGCGAGUCCAUGGCUUAAUCAUCUUGUGCUGGGUUUUGGCUGGUGUUGUUGGAUUCUUGCCACUCCUUGGUUGGAACUGUAUGUGCCACAUUGAGAAAUGUUCAUCACUCCUUCCUCUGUACUCUAGAGAUUACUUACUUUUCAGCCUUACCCUGCUGGGCAUCACCUUAAUUGGCAUUAUUGGCUUCUACUUCACUAUAUAUUAUUUAGUGUGCACCAGUGCAAAGAGAGUCAUUGUCACAAACCAAAGUAAGCGUUCUUUACACUUACUCAAAACUGUCACCAUCAUCCUGAGUUCAUUUGUCAUUUGCUGGAGUCCACUGUUCUAUGUGCUUUUGAUGGAUACAACAUGUUCUCCUCCAUCAUGCACAUCACCACUUGGCCUGGAAUGGGUGCUGGCAAUAGCCCUCUUGAACUCAGCUUUGAACCCACUGAUUUACUCUCUCAGGAGCACAGAAGUACGCAGAGCAAUGUUGGCAUUCCUUUGCUGUGCUUGCACAUGGGCAGGGGUGCCAUUGCCUGCUUCCUGCAGACCAGCCACAGAUGUCAAUUCCGGUUCAUCAAAUGAGAGUUCUAUUAGAAGGAGAAGCAGUCUGCGACUCUCAAGAGCACUGAGCAUCAGGAGCCCUCUAACUAGUAUCUCGAGUGUGCCCAGCCAGUAAACAUUAUUCUUACCAUUAUUUUCAGAGAUUAAAGUUACUCUCCCCUAUAGCCAGUCAGUAAAGAGAAACAUUUCCUAGUACGCAUAGCCAUAGACCUAUUUGCUGCCUUUAAGAAAGUUUCUUACCAUCCCAGUAAGAGACCUACUCUCCAAGAGACCUUCACUCAGCAUAUGCUACUAGGAAGGGAUCCUUAAUUACCAUACUCAGCCAGUAAGACAUAUUCAUACCAAUAGAAACAAUUAACAUACUUUAACAAAAAUAUUCUUACUAGCACACUCAACUAGUAUGAUAUAGCUUCACUAGUAUACUCAAGCAGUAGGAAACUUGAUCUUCAGCAUAACC